AUGAUGCAGAGGGCAGGGAAGGCCCGACCUUACACUAAAGCCCUGGACGGAGGUUGGGGAUGGAUUAUUGUAUUUCAUUUCUUCCUGGUAAACAUGUUUGUGAUGGGGAUGAUCAAGACGUUUGCAAUUUUCUUUGUGGUUUUCCAAGAAGAACUUGGAAGCACCUCAGAGCAAACUGGUUGGAUUGGAUCCAUCAUGUCAUCACUUCGUUUUUCUGCAGGUCCCCUGGUUGCCAUUACUUGUGACAUAAUUGGAGAGAAGACUGCCUCCAUUCUUGGGGCUUUCCUUGUUACUGGUGGAUAUCUGAUCAGCAGCUGGGCUACUAACAUUCCCUUUCUUUGUGUGACUAUGGGACUUUUACCUGGUUUGGGUUCUGCUUUCUUGUACCAAACAGCUGCUGUGGUAACUACCAAAUACUUCAAUAAACGAUUAGCUCUUUCUACAGCUAUUGCCCGUUCUGGGAUGGGACUGACGUUUCUGAUAGCACCUUUUACAAAAGUUCUGAUAGAUCUAUAUGACUGGAGAGGUGCCCUUAUACUACUUGCAGGGAUCACACUGAAUUUGGUGCCUACUAGUAUGCUCCUAAGACCCAUCCAUAUCAAAAGCGAGAACAAUUCUGAUAUUAAAAAUAAAGGCAGCGGCUUAUCUGCAAGUAAUCCAGGGGCAGUGGGUGCGACAGAAACGUCAUCCUGCAAUGAGACACAAGAAGCCACCAUCAGGGACAGGGCUAUGCAAAAGGCCGGACAACCCGGUACAAGUUUAACAGUCUCACAAAACAGAGAGUUCAACAACGAGCCUAACAGGGACAGUUAUGAGAAAGAGGCUAUUUCACGGAGCUGUAAACAAAAACUCUGUGACCCCUCCCUUUUAAAAAAUCCUUUCUUCUACAUAUUUACCUGGUCUUUUCUCCUCAGUCAGUUGGCAUAUUUCAUCCCUACUUUUCACCUGGUGGCCAGAGCCAGAACACUGGGGAUUGACAUCCUGGAUGCCUCCUUCCUCGUUUCUGUAGCUGGUAUCACUGAGGCAGUCAGUCAGAUAAUGUCUGGAUGGGUUGCUGAUCAAAACUGGAUCAAGAAGUAUCACUACCAUAAGUCUUACCUCAUCCUCUGCGGCAUCACUAACCUCCUUGCUCCUCUGGCGACCACAUUUCCAUUACUUAUGACCUAUACCAUCUUCUUUGCCAUUUUCUCUGGUGGUUACCUGGCAAUGGUACUUCCUGUACUGGUUGAUCUGUCUGGGAAUUCUAGAGUACACGGGUUCUUGGGACUUGCCGGUUUCUUUGCUGGGAUGGCUGUCCUUUCUGGACCACCCAUAGCAGGCUGGUUAUAUGAUCGCACCCGGACAUACACCGGCUCCUUCUACUUCUCUGGCAUAUGCUUUCUCCUCUCUUCAGUUUCCCUGUUCUUUGUACCGCUGGCUGAGAGAUGGAAAAACAGCCUGACCAGAAAGGAAAAGGACUGCAAUCAAGCAAGAGCUUAACAAAACACAAUCUAAACUAAGAAGUCACUGGAAACAAAAGCUUGGAAGAAACCAGUUUCCUCAUUUGUAAAAUGAGAAGGCAAAUCAGAUAAUUUUUAAGGUUCCUUUUUGCUUUUGCGUUCUGAGGAAUGUCUAAUUAAUAGUGAGAGAAGAGUAAUAGCCACUUAAACUAAGCCGUUUGUUAGUAUUUAAUCAAAGAGGCUAAAAUCUUCAUCAGUCAAAACAACUACCUUAAGUAUUAAGUAAAAAUCUGAAUAAUAAAUUAUUACUUAAUAAUAAAUUGAC